GUAUUUUAUAAUUUUACUUCAAUACAUCUGUUUAUAAAUUAUGGACGCAUUUUGUCGACAUAAUUAUUAUAGAAGAAACUGUUCUUAAUAAAAAUUUGAGUAAUUUACAUUUCUUGUUAUUAGCCUUUUGAUACAUAUUCGUGUACAAAAAUAUAUACACAUAUAUGUAAUAUUAAAUUAAUGACGGAGAAAUUCGGAUUAUUACAAAUAUUUCAAAACGAUGAGUUUUAUUAGUAAAAUAAUGAUAGAAGUGGAAGAACGUGAAAGAGUUAAAUACAGAUUAUUAACAUACGUAUAACAGCAUACAUGUGUUUCUAAAAAAUAAAACUGUUUUUUCUAUUUCUAUACCGCUAUAAUUCUAUGUGAAGUGAGCUGCUUAUGAAUAGAAAAUUUUACGAUCAGCUGUUACAUGGAAUAAUAUUUGCAAUUGCAUUACAUGUACUACAUUAUAUAUUGAGAAUUAUUACUAAUAAGAGUAAUAAGCAUUAAAGUUUUACAUUAAUCUAUAAAAGUGAACAUCUGUCAAACACUUUUCUAUUCUGCAAAGAGGAGAGAUUUAUUUUCAAGAAAAGUUUCUAACCUUAAAAAAUGAGUGCACCAAUAAGUACAGCAAUGGAUAAUUUAACAGCUGCAAUUAGAUCUAAUAUUAUUCCAAAUCAAGAAUAUUUAUUGCAAGGAUCUGUGUUAGACAGUGCUGUAGAAGUAUUGCUUCAUAGAUUACGUGGUUUAUGUGAUAAUGUAGAUACUGGUCCAGAAACCUUUAAUGAUCAUGAAAUGUGUUUUAGCAUCAGAGGAGCUGAACAACCAUUACUUUUACGUGUAAGAAGAGCAUUAGAUUAUCAAGAUAUGCCAUGGCAAUUACGUUAUAUCGGUCAACCUGAAUUGGGUGACAAAUCAAGACCUACAAUCGUUAGAAGUAGCUUAGAUAUAGCAACUAGUAAUACUGUUGUUGACUUUUUAACAGAACUUGGAUGUAGGCUAGACUUUGAGUAUAUUGCACGUGGUUAUAUGUUUCGUAAGGGUAGAAUGAAGGUUACAGUUUCCAAAAUAUUUAAGAUGGGGCAACAAGGAAAAAUACCUGAAAGUAUGGAAGCAAUAUCUCAAAGUUAUCUAGUGGAAUUGAGUGUUUUAGCACCUAGUGGCCAAGAUGCAAUAGCUGAAGAUAUGAGAAUUUUUGCAGAACAAUUGAAACCCUUGGUACAACUUGAAAAAAUUGACUACAAAAGAUUUGUUCAUUAAUAUAAAAAUUAUAAACCAGUAUUGAAUUUUAAAUUAUAUUUGUGUAAGUCUUUUUGUAGAACUGUAUAUAUAAGGAAAUUUUUUAUAAUUUAAACUAUACGAGAAAUAAAAAUUGUUAUAUUUUUUAUAA